AUGGACUCGGACGCCAGCCUGGUUUCCAGCCGCCCGUCCUCCCCGGAGCCCGAUGACCUCUUCCUCACGGCCAGGAAUAAAGGCAGCGGCGGGGGCUUCACGGGCGGCACCGUGUCCAGCUCCACGCAGAGCGACUCUCCGCCGGAGCUGAGCGCCGAGCUGCGCAGCGCCAUGAGCGCUGCGGGGGUGGUGGUGGUGGACAAGCUGGGCUUCAAGUCCUCGUCGUCGUCCUCCUCCUCGUCCUCCUCUUCCUCCUCCAAGAAGGACAAGAAGCAGAUGACGGAGCCGGAGCUGCAGCAGCUGCGGCUGAAGAUCAAUAGCCGGGAGCGCAAGCGGAUGCACGACCUGAACAUCGCCAUGGACGGGCUGCGGGAGGUGAUGCCCUACGCGCACGGCCCGUCGGUGCGCAAGCUCUCCAAGAUCGCCACGCUCCUCCUGGCGCGCAAUUACAUCCUCAUGCUCACCAACUCCCUGGAGGAGAUGAAGCGCCUGGUUAGCGAGAUCUACGGCGGCCACCACGCCGGCUUCCACCCCGCCGCCUGCCCCGGCGGCAUGGGCGCGCACUCGGCGCCGCUGCCCGGCCACCCGGGCCACCCGGCCUCGCACCCCGUGCACCACCCCAUCCUGCCCCCCGCCGCCGUCUCCAGCGCCUCCCUGCCCGGCUCCGGCCUCUCGGCCGUCAGCUCCAUCCGGCCCCCGCACGGGCUCCUCAAGUCGCCCUCGGCCGCCGCCGCCGCCGCCGCCGCCGCCCCGCUGGGCAGCGGCUUCCAGCACUGGGGGGGGAUGCCGUGCCCCUGCAGCAUGUGCCAGGUGUCGGCCCCGCCGCACCACCACGUCUCCGGCAUGGGCACGGCCAGCCUGCCCAGAUUAGCCACCGACACCAAAUGAGUCCCUCGGCGGGGCGGCCCCGCCGCGCUCCCCGCGCCUCCAGGACCUACAGACGCU